UUUGGCACCUGCAAAGCAAAAAGCCGCUUUGUUUUCACGAGGGAAUGAGGGGUGGUGGUGGGUGUAUUGCUAUUCCUCUUUCUUUCGUCCUAUAUAUUUUUUUACACUUAUUUUGGCACCCAUUUGCUUUUAUUCACUCAGCUAUCAAAAACGACUAUUGGUGUCUUGAGGAACAACCAAAAACCACACAAAUGCUUACACUAGACCGACCCAUCAGCAACGCCAACAUCAGCUGUUUACCUUCCGUCGCGAUAGAAAUGAUUUUGUGGCAUGUCACCGAGUGCUCAAAGGACAUCAGAAAUUGGAAGCUACUUGUGCCCAUUUUGGGAGUUUGCCACAACUGGAGAGAGGCUGCAAUACCAGCCGCGUACCACACUGCAUACAUCGGGCACACGCCCUUGAAAGCCCCAUACCUACUGCACCAGGAGCUCGAAAAUGACAUCAAAAACACGUUUCACAACAUCAAAUUGGCACACAUGACGGACAACUUCAAACACUUCAAAAGGCUGCAAAUCAACCUGUGCACGACCGACGCAAUGGAUUGCUUUGUUAAUAAUCUGCAAGAAAUAAUGCAGUUUGAAAAAUAUGACUGGUCAAACGUCACGACCUUGCAUUACGAGGACAAUCUGAACAAUAGCUCGUACCCUACGCUUAUGUCGAUGGAAAAAGCAAUGAUGCGGAUUUCACACAAUUUGCCGCAAAUCGCCAACUUGACAAUAAUUUCCAACCCGUAUUCUAUCGCAGAGACGAUAGUUCAUCAGCAUUUGGUCGACAAGUAUGCGAGUCGGCUUUAUCACUUCAAGUGUAAUUCAGUUGUCCAGGCGCCCGAAUGCGGCUUUUCAAACGCACUGACUGCGCUAUCCAUUAAAAUAAACGAUUCUUCGGCAUCCAUUAUUUCGCGCAUAAACACUGAAACGCUCAAAAGACUAUGCUUUACAGAUGUCCCGCACGACUUUACGUGGACAAACAUGAACAACCAAAGUGACUCCCAAAUGAUUCACCUACCUAAUGUGACAGACCUGAAUAUUCACUUUAUUAGCAACGGGCAUUUCUACGACGAUGGCGACGAUGAGAUCAACAAUAUGAACAAAUACGCGGUGUUUAAGAGUGGCGAGUACUAUGUGCGAUUGCCAAAGCUUGAAAACCUACUGCUGAAAAAUAUGUUUGCGACCAUGGGUAUUUUACUCGAAAACAACUCUCCCAAAAAGUUCAAGAAAAUCAAAGAUCUGUUGCCUCACGAGCAAUCACUAUGGACUCACCAAACUAAUGUGCGCGGUAUUCCCAUUCGCGUCACCAAGGCGUACGGCCCCAGAUGGGUGAAUAAAGAUUGGUCUCUCUUUGGUGAAGCGCUUGAUAAUGUAGAAAGCUGCAUGGUCGAAACCAACGCAUUGCCGAACAAAGAGAGUAUGCUGCACUUUAGAAAUAAUUUUGGAUUGCAACCGACCUACAUUGAUGAGACUAGCCUGUCCAAGCUUUACUUGAAUGUAGUGGUUGGAGUUAGCGGCUUGACCGAGCUUUUGCAGCUUUUGCCUAAUCUCAAAAACUUGAAAAUCAAAUGUUUCAAGUGCCAAAGUCGCAAAAAGCCAGAGCUGUUUGCUAUUAAUGAAACUUUGGAUAAACCAGCGGCACCACUUGCAUCGAACCUUCAAACUCUUUCAAUUGAUAAUUACAGGUACUUUGAAGAAGAAUAUGUGGCGAAGAAGCUGAGCGCAUUGAUUGUUCGGAUAAAAUCGUUAAAGUCGUGCUGCGUUCCGUUCAAUAUUGUUAAUGGCUUAAACAUAAUCAUGAAACAAUAUGGUGAUGUGUCUCCUCACAUUAAAAUUAUCGAGGUGGCUAAAGUAGAUUGUCAAUUAUACUAAUGCAAAAAUUGCAUGUUUUUAAUUUUAAUUCUAAUUUAUAAUAUUCUUAAAUACUUGGUUAAUACAAAGAACAAUGUGUUUAAAAGUAUACAAUCCAGUUAACGUCUGUAAAUAUACGAAAUUAGAACAUGUAUUUAAUAAAUAGUAAGCAAAAACUAGUUAGAAUAUAAGCAUGCGCACACUGAUAGCCGUUUUUUUAAUUUUUCAUGGGGACAAUACAUUAUUAGUUGGCAGAAGACAAUACAAAUUCACAUAGAAAGGGGGAUGUGACCUUUUAAACAUGCCGCAUCCCCUUAUUGUAAAGAAAGUUUUACUCCAAUUAUAAAAUAAUAAUUAUGCACUGCUCGUUUAUUGUAGUGACACGCAUUCUUUCAGC